AAAUACGACUGGUAAAUGGAGAGCGUUGCCUUUCUUUCCGAUACAGCGUCCGCAGGACUUCAGACGCAGCCCCAACCCGAGUAUCAAUCUCACAUGAUGGUUAAACCCGCCAAUCAAAGGAGGAAGAAGAAGAAGACGAAGACGAACACUCAUCAAGAGGAUGAACUGAUGCAGCAGGUGGCAGCAAUGCACCAAAAAGGAUGCCGGCAAACGCCGAAGAAGAAGAAGAUAAAAAUGGCCGCGUCCUUGAGUAGUGCGCGAAGCCUGAAACUUAUGAACACUUUAUCAUUAAUCAGCUCCGGUGGAAGCAGAAGCCUUCAUGUCACUGCAACAUACUGCAAGAAUCGAGCAGCUCGUGUCCGAGUGGGGAAAGGAGACAAACCUGUGACUUACGAGCAAGCGUGGCCCCCUCACUACAUUGCCCACCGUAAAGGCUGGCUGUCGCAACACACAGGUAACCUGAGCGGAGAGGAAGGAGCAGCAGAGCGUAUAGUGGAGGACGUGUUCUUCCGUCGAUUCAUGACCGGGACCUUCCAUGGCUGCUUGGCCAAUGAGAUUGUAAUCAAAAGGAGAGGAAACAUGAUUGUAAUAUGUGCUUUCAUGAUCCAGAAGUUACUGCCCACCAAGUUUUACUUCUUAAUAGGGUACACAGAGACAUUGCUGUCCUACUUCUACAAAUGUCCUGUCAAAUUAGAGAUCCAGACGCUGGAGGACAAAGUUGUGUACAAAUAUAUCUGAUGGAUCUGCAAUUUA